AGUCAACUUCCCGUUUCGCACAAUAAUUGUUUAGUUCAUUACCAGACAUGCCCGAGAGCGCAAUGAAGUCCGUUAUCGUAUUGUUGUUUAUAAUCGCAACGUGUUACUGUGCUGUUGAUUUCAAUGACAGACCAAGGAAUUUUAGUAUCGAGCUUCUUCACUACACACAACUGCAGACCGAUGGCCAUGUCGUCAUAUCACCAUACGGAAUCUGGACUCUCAUGACAGGUGUGGCCUUAGGAGCAACCGGGAAUAGUUACAACCAACUUGCAAGGGCGUUUAUACUCCCGAAAAACAGGGGAAACCUGAUCAAAGGCUACAAGGAACUGUCGUCGAUAGUACUAAACUCAAAGACUAAUGCUGUUACGCUGACCAGCAAAAACUUUGUGUUUCUCGACAACGAUUUCAAUGUGUACCCGGAAUUCAAACGCACAAUACAAAACGACUUUGACGCGUCGGUGAAAGUGCUCGACUUCCAAGAUCCUAACUCUGCUAGGAUCGCGAAUACAUACAUAGAAAAAUCCGGCGGACGAGUCUCAAACGUUUUACGCUCUGAUGACUUCGCUGAAGCGAGAAUGCUAUUGACAAACGUCAUAUCGUUUAAAGGACUCUGGCAGUCACCUUUCAAUAAGUCGGAGACGGUCGUUGAACCUUUCUACAAUGAGGGAAAGACGGUGAUUGGUUCCGUAAACAUGAUGUUCCAGAAAGGCCAGUUCCCUUAUUCAAAUAUUAGGGAAUUAGAGUCGUUUGUAUUGGAGCUUCCUUAUGGAGACGAUGGUAAAUACUCGAUGAUAUUCAUCCUGCCGUACCCGAAACUAAAAGUGAAUGAUGUUUACAGAAACUUUGCGAAAUUCACACUAAAAGAUAUAUUUAAGAAGCUCCAGUCUGAUGUCGAUGACUUCGGUUUGGAAGAGAUUGAUGUGAAAAUCCCAAGAUUUCAUAUUACAACGAAUGUGGUGAUGAACAAGCCGUUAAACGAUAUGGGAGUUUACGAUAUAUUCCAGCCAAAUUUGGCCAAUUUUCAAAGAGUGACCAAUGAAGAUAUCUUCGUGUCUGCAAUCGUCCACAAAGCUGAUAUCGAGGUUACAGAGUCAGGAACUGUAGCGUCUGCGGUGUCGAGUGCUUAUUUAGCCGAUAGGAUAUCAUCACCAAGUUUCUAUGCGAACAGACCUUUCAUAUACUUUGUAAUCGAAAAAUCUACUACCACUGUCUUAUUUGGAGGCAUUUACUCUAAACCUACUGUAUACUAACUAAUAGAAUAUAAUGAAAUCUAUUUAUUUAUAAUUCUUUCAAAGUUUAUUAAUCUUUCGAACUUGUUCGAUACAUAUGUGUCAGUAAACAGACUUAUGUAUUUAUUAGUUGCUAUAUACUUUUUUGCUGGUCGUAAUACUCAAGAUGUAGGUUAUCAAUAGCAAGACUGAUUACAUGAUGUGUUUACAAUACAUAAUAAUUUUUAGUUGAAUAUUAACGUGAUUUCUAGAAGUCUCUAGAAGUGUAUUUUAAGUUUGAUUGUUAUGUGACUUUAUAGAAGAUAUUUUAAUACUUUUUUACGUAUAAAUUAUAAAAAAAAAAACUACAAAGAUAAUCA